GGCCGUCUCAAACUCCCGCUGCGGUCCCAUCCCGCCGCGCCUGGACUUUGCCCUGCCCGCCUCGCAUUGUUGCUCUGUCACCAUCCCGCCAGUGAACCGCCCGAGUCCCAAAAAGCACAUCUUCCUCCUGCAAAAUCCACGCUCUAGCCAACAGAUCUCGCCGAACUCUCUACCGUCUCCCUUUUUCUCUUUGGGAGCUAUUCUUAUCUGCAGCAAGACACGCAUCUAACCGAGAGUACCUUACAUAACUCAAGAACAAGCUCGAGCGAUCUGCGGAACCGCCCAAUCGAGCCAUUAAUUGAGCACCAAUCCUUGUCGCAACGCACCCCUCAACCCCUCACGGCGCUGCCAGCGUCAGGACAACUGGCCACGGCGGCAACAAUCACCCAACUGGCUUUCGGAAAUGGGCAAUCUACAGUCGAAGAAGCUCCCGGAUGACCAGCUGAAGGAGCUGCAACGGUCUACCAAUUUUGACAAGAAAGAGUUGCAGCAAUGGUAUAGAGGCUUCCUCAAGGACUGCCCGUCGGGCAUGCUCACCAAGAGCGAGUUCCAAAAGAUCUACGCUCAGUUCUUCCCCUUCGGCGAUCCGUCCACCUUUGCCGACUACGUCUUUAACGUGUUCGACACGGACAAGUCAGGCACCAUCGACUUUAAGGAGUUUAUCUGCGCGCUGAGCGUCACCAGCCGCGGCAAGAUGGAGGACAAGCUCGAUUGGGCGUUCCAGCUGUACGACAUUGACGGCGACGGAAAGAUCAGCUACGAAGAGAUGCUCAAGAUUGUCGAGGCGAUCUACAAGAUGGUCGGCUCGAUGGUCAAGCUGCCCGAGGACGAGGACACGCCGGAGAAGCGGGUGCGCAAGAUCUUCCGCAUGAUGGACAAGGACGAGAACGGCAGCCUCGACAUGCAGGAGUUCAAGGAGGGCAGCCAGCGCGACGCCACCAUCGUCUCGGCCCUCUCGCUCUACGACGGACUUGUGUGACCCCGGCGCGUGCCCGUUGCCGGUGGUGGCGAUCUCAGUGGAGGGUGGGG